UUCCAUUUUCUGACACAAGGUUACAGAUUUUCUCUCCCCCUCAAAGCACCCUAUUGUUUCUCCAGGGGGCUACAGCUUUGGAUUCUUCCCUCUGGAAAAAAAAAAACCAUGUUGCAGGACGUGAUUCAACCGCCGGAGCAGCUCCUCAUUGAUGAAAUCUCAAGCCCAAUCAUUGGACCAGUGCUUGAUUUUUGUGACACUGAUUUAUUCCCAGAAAACCCGCAGAACCCCGAGGUCACUUCCAAUUCUUGCUAUGAAGAGAAUUCCUCCUAUGCAACUAAUCUUUCCAUGCCCCUGGAGAUUAAAAAGCUCAGUAGCUACCAAGAUAACCAUGGAAUGACAAACAUAGCCACCUCAACAACCACCACCACCACCACCACUGUUUUUACUGCCACUGCUACCACCAACAACAAUACCGGUAAUCUGUCCAUAAUCUUUGAUUCCCCAGAUGAGACUGAUAAUGAGAUUUCAAUAGACUUUGCUCCAUCUCCACCCUUUUCUUUUCCUCAUUUUCCAACAACCCACCCAGAUCAAUUUGACCACACCUUGGUGCAACCUCAAAUCCCAUCAACAGAUGUGGUUGAUGGGCUCACACGGUACUCUGCUGAGCCUGUAGUGCCUCUCAUGGGACCUCCAUUACCUGCAGUUUUUGAAGAAGAUUGUUUGUCCCCUAUACCUUCUUAUGUACCAUUAAACCCCUCAUCCCCUUCUUUCACUUUACUUGGCACUUCUAUGGCAACAUUCAUGCCUGCUGGGGCAAUGACUGCUGCAUUACCUGCUGACAGUUCUGGUAUUUUUGCUGGAAGUCUUCUUAUGGGGUCUGAAUUACAACUACAAGAAUUGGAAUAUCAGGGUGAUAAUGGUGGAAUCUUCUGUCCAGAUUCAAUGCAGCAUGCUUUUAACCUUGGAGACCUGCAGCAGGUCCUUACUAAUGAGAGCCAACAACUUGGGGCUGUAGCUGCUAGUUCUACUCCUAUAACAUCAGAGAUUUCAGGUUUGGAAGAUUCAACUUUUAACAAACUUGGCAAACUCUCUGCUGAGCAAAGGAGGGAGAAGAUCCAUAGAUACAUGAAGAAAAGAAAUGAGAGGAACUUCAGCAAAAAAAUCAAGUAUGCCUGCCGCAAGACACUAGCAGAUAGCAGACCUCGAGUAAGAGGAAGAUUUGCCAAGAAUGAUGAUUUUGGGGAGACAACCAGGCCAACUUGUAGCAAUCAUGAAGAAGAAGAUGAUGAAGAAGUUGUUGUGAGAGCAGGGGAAGACAUGGUGGAUUCCUCAGACAUCUUUGCUCACAUCAGCGGUGUAAACUCCUUGAAGUGCAACUACCCCAUACAAUCCUGGAUUUGACUGGCUUCUUAAAAAACAAGAAGCAUGCUACACUUUUGCAAAGACCCUGUUUCAGCCAGGAUAACUCUCUCCUUCCAGGUUCAAUUUUACAAUAAAAAAGACAUAUUCGGGUCAUUAUGGUUCAGGAAUAAUCAAGUCAGCAAAUAAAAACAUAAGAUUUUGUAGAUUACAUAUCACAGCUUGUUUCUCUAAUCUGGCAAACCUUGUAUCAUACCUGCCAGAAUUCAUAGCUUAGUUUUGCACUUAAAUCUAAGAGAGUGGCUUUACAUUCAGUACUAUUGUGUAAUGCAAUGCUUGACUCUAAAAUUGUCUAACAUUGAGGCUUACUGCUUGUUGUACUUAGCUCAAUUUAGACUUGUAGAUUUGGAAAUCCAUCUUUCCCUUCGUCUUUUUAUUCAUUGUAUUGUGAUUGUCCUAUUUCUUCCUUUCCUCUCCCUGUUGGGCCUUAUCAAGCUUUCUUAGGCCCUUGUAUAAAUUGUCUUGGUAUGG